ACUGUUGACUAGACUCUCUGUCUGUCAUCUAUGUUUUGCUGGAGCUGGAGUGACCAUUGAUAGGCAGAGAGAAUCUUUGAGUAAGCGAUAAACAGAGGUGAAUAUUCUGAGGUCUCUGAAACUGGAAGGAAAGAGUUGAUUGAAACAAUGGCAGAUGACGAACCUGAGAAGGGCUAUACGUGGGAAGGAGAUUAUGAAAGGACCUGGGAGGCUCUCCAAGAGGAUGAAGAAGGCUCACUCCAGGCCACUGUGGAUGAUAUCAUCCAGAGAGCAAAGAGAAGAAGAUUGGAGGAUCGACCCAGCAAUGUCAGGCUUGGCAUGAUGCGGCAUCUGUUCAUCCUGUUGGACUGUUCACGUUCGAUGGAAGAUCAGGACCUCAAACCCAACAGACUGGCUUGCUGUACCAAGUUGCUUGAACAUUUUAUCGAGGAAUACUUUGAUCAGAACCCAAUUAGCCAGGUUGGGAUCAUAACAUCCAGUAACAUGAGAGCAGAGAAAUUAACUGAACUUGGAGGUAAUCCUCAGAGACAUAUCACAGCUUUGGAGAAGUGUAAUGAUAAACCUUGUGUGAAAGAGCCUUCUUUACAGAAUGCAUUGGAACUGGCAGCUGCAACUCUUAGACACAUGCCUGGCCAUGCGAGUCGAGAGAUUCUUGUAAUCAUGGGGAGUUUGACUACGUGUGAUCCAGGCAACAUCCAUGAUACAAUACAGGCCAUGAAAGACCAUAGCAUACGCUGUUGUGUCAUCGGUCUAGCAGCCGACGUGAGAGUGUGUCGUAAGCUAGCUACAGUCACUCAUGGUACAUAUGGAGUGAUUCUUGAUGAGACACAUUUCAAAGAACUCUUGAUGGAACACACAAUACCUCCCCCUGCCAGGGUGAAUACAGAACCAUCACCAAUUAGAAUGGGUUUUCCACAGCAUGUGAUACACACUGACAAAAGCAAAGUCAGUGCACCAUCAAUGUGUAUGUGUCACCUGGAUGGUAAGAACUCCGAGGGGUUUGGAACUGGUGGCUACUUCUGCCCUCAAUGUCAGAGCAAGUACUGUGAGCUACCGGUCGAAUGCAGAGUAUGUGGUCUGACACUCGUCUCGGCUCCACACCUUGCCCGUUCCUUCCAUCAUCUCUUCCCGCUCGACAGGUUUGAGGAAUUCAAGAGAGAAGACCAUGAUCAUCCAGAUUCUUUAUUCUGUCAAGGAUGCCAAUCUCACAUCAGAGACCAAACGGCAUAUAGAUGUCCCAAGUGCAGCAACGUAUUCUGUCUCGACUGUGAGCUGUUCAUACAAGAAUCUCUUCAUUCCUGCCCUGGCUGUGCAAGCACCAGGCCAUCUCAAUCACAACACCGUCAAACCAAUGGGAGCCACAUUCUGCAUAGCUGAUACAGUCCAGGAUUAAAUCUUUGUGUGAACAGGUACCUGUUGCUGAUUGAGAUUUUUUUUGUUAAUGCUGAAGUGAACACAGGCUUUACCAGUUGGUACACCAAUAAAAGACACAUUCUGCAUGCACCCCUGAUUAAAAACAGGUGUGGACACAAUCCUUUUAAGUUAUUACACCAUCCUUCCAAAGGAAGCUGCAUUACUACAUAGAACAUCAAUCAAAUGGAAGCUGUAUUUUGCAUAGCUGGUACUGAUUGAGAUUAAAAGCUUGUGUGGACACGAUGCUUUCAAGUUAUUACACCAUCCUUCCAAAGGAAGCUGUAUUCUGCAUAUCUGCUACUGAUUGAGAUUAAAAUCAUGUGUGGACACAAUCCUUCCAUUUAAUUAGACCACCAAACCCUUGGACUCAUCUUGGGGCACAGUACAGUACAGGUUCAAGGUCACCUGUGCCCCUCAAAGCAGUUGUAUACUGUAGUAUGGACAUGUACAUGUAGGCUAAUAAGCAAGAUUUGCAACAUAAAAGUGGUCAGUCCCAUGAAAUACUCAUUGAAAUAAAGGACUCUAGAAUACACCAAAUAUCACUUUGUUGUGUACAGUUUUUAUUUCACCGUCAGUACUUCAAUACAGAUAAACAGGAGAAAAAAGUACAAUAACCACACAAAAGAAGGCACUUCCAAAUUGAUUGGCAUAACCGAUUAUCCUAUCAUAUUUUGCAGGAUGUGAUUUUUGGAAGAACAUUGGAAUUUCCUUGUUUUGAAACUCGUUUUUUAAAUGAAUAAGUAAGUUUCUUAAGAAGCAUGUUGGGCAAGUCGAAUAAUAUCAGUAAUUUCAAGUACCAGGGCCCAUAAAAGUCACCAUUAUACUUCAUUAUUUGCACGAUAUAGAAGGACAAAAAUGAUAUUCUGUUCUUGUCUGUGAAACAAAGUUCCAAUGGACGUGAACAAUCCUUGGGAAAUCAUUACCCUAGUGGUAACGUUUCUACUCUAGCAAGGACCAGACUUCCCCCUUACAUGUUAAUUGAUACACACUUGAUCCUGCAUGUACAUAUAUGUUCUUUAGACUUCACUAAAACUCACUACCAACGUCAUAAUAAUCACCUUUAUUUUCUCAAGAUCCUUAUGCAUGUAGACGUUCUGAAAUCAUGAAAGUAUGAUGAUAGAAAUCGGUGACGCCUGUAUAGUUAAUUAUACACUAAUAUGUAAAUAAGUUAAGCUGAAAGAACACUGGUUUGACAGUCAAUCUAACAAAUAAGUGAGUUGGAUAACUGCUAUCU